UCCAGCAGGAGCUUCAAUGCGGGAUUUUAACUAUUAACCAAGAAGCCUGGAAAAGCUGAUUUCUCCUUUUUUUCUCCGUUUUCAGUUGUAUCGUUUUACCUCGCCGACGAGAAACUGGUGCCCCCCCCGUCCCUGCGCACGUUUUACGACAUUUUCUUAUUGAGUCAUGAAACCGCUUUGCUGCCGGGAAAGAGGAAAAGGAAAAAAAAAAAAAAAAGCGGCGAUAGAAAAUAUUCUGCCGAUCCUAUUGGGACGGUGCCAGAGCCUUUGGAAACGCGGGGCCUAAAUAGGGGGAAAAAGGGGGGAAAAAGGUGUCGGGGGGAAACGGGGGACGGGAGGGCUGAGGGUUCCCGCGGUCCCGGUUGGGUUCCCACGGUGCUGGCCAGGUUCCCACGGUGCCGGCCGGCUUCCCACUCCGCGUCCUCCGGGUUUGGCCGGGGAAAUAUUUAACCACGGCGCUGGAGGAGGAGGAGGAGGGCGGCGGGACGAUGGAGCAGGGCUCGGCGGCGGAGGCCGAGCGUCUGCGGGAGCUGCUGCGGAGCAGCCGGGAGGCCAAGGCGGCCGCUUACUGCCCCUACAGCCGCUUCGCCGUGGGCGCCGCGCUGCUCACCGCCGGCGGCCGCAUCUUCUCCGGCUGCAACGUGGAAAACGCCUGCUACAGCCUGGGGGUGUGCGCCGAGCGCACGGCCAUCCAGAAAGCCGUCUCCGAGGGCCACACCAGCUUCAAGGCCAUGGCCAUCGCCAGCGACCUGGCGGACGACUUCAUCGUGCCCUGCGGCGCCUGCAGGCAGGUGAUGCGCGAGUUCGGCCGGGACUGGGACGUGUACCUCACCAAACCCGACGGCAGCUACGUCGUGCGGAGGCUGGAGGAGCUCCUGCCGCUCUCCUUCGGGCCCGAGGACCUGAGGAAGCUGUGACUUCGCGGCGGCGGAAACCCGCGGCGACGCCGGCCCCGAGGCCGAAGCCACGCGCUGCGGCGUCGGGGCAGUUCGGAUGGUGCAAUUUCUUGCAGCUCGGCUGUCGCCACCCCGAGCGCCUCCUUUGCUCGCUGCUCGCUGGCUUCUCUUUCUUGCUUUUAAUCCUGUUCAAAGGCAUGGAUGGGGGGGAGUUUUGGGGGGUUUUUGGGGGUAACGCAGUGGGUUUCUGUUUCCAGGGCAAUGCCACUUUGCGACUGUCCUAUUGAUUAAAUGAUGUGCAAUGCAAAAAAAUGGAUUAAUUUUCUG